AUGGGCCUCCAGCACACCAAACCCUCCAGAGUGAAGCAAGCCAAUAUCCUGAUGCUAGGACUUGAUUCUGCAGGAAAAUCCACACUGUUGUACAAGUUCAGGUAUAAAGAUCAUUUUAUAACAAUGCCAACCAUUGGCUUUAACGUUGAUAUGAUUGAAACCAGUAAAGAUUUUACAUUGACCUUUUGGGAUGUUGGAGGACAGGAGAAAAUGAGGAAGCUCUGGAGCAAUUUCCUGGAGGACACAGAUGCAUUGCUCUAUGUGGUGGAUAGCUCAGAUAAGCGACGGCUGGAAGAAUCAAGGAGAGAAUUUGAACUCAUUUUAAAGAAUGAAUCCAUCAAAAAUGUGCCAGUUGUCAUGUUAGCCAACAAGCAGGAUUUGCCUGGAGCUUUGAACGCUGAGGAGAUCACCCUGAGGUUCAAGAUGAAGAAGUACUGCAGUGACAGAAAUUGGUAUGUACAGCCCUGUUGUGCCCUCACAGGAGAAGGGUUGGCAGAAGCUCUCCAGAGAGUGACCACGUUUGCCAAGCAGUACAGCAGAUCAAAGGAGACUUUUACAACCUUGAAGGAAACUUAG